AUGAAGGAGGUUCGCAAACAGUUGAAGGAUGCUCAGCAAGACGAGGAGAACACCCCCGGUGUCAUCUACAUUGGACGUCUGCCGCAUGGUUUCUUCGAGGCGCAAAUGCGCGAGUACUUCAGCCAAUUCGGCGACAUCACCCACUUGAGAAUGGCACGCAACAAGCUUACUGGACGCUCAAAGCACUACGCUUUCAUCGAGUUCGGAUCCGCCGCAGUCGCAGAGAUUGUUGCCAAGACCAUGGACAAGUACUUGCUUUUCGGUCAUCUUCUGCAGGUCAGACGUAUUCCCGCCGAGCAGGUUCACGAGAAGUUGUGGAAGGGUGAGGGUGGAAGAUUCAAGGUUAUGCCGCGCAACAAGAUUGAGCGUGGUAUGUUGAAGAGAGGUACUACAAGAGAGGGUUGGGAGAAGAGAAUCGAGAGAGAGAACCAGGCCAGAAACAAGAAGGCUGCACAGCUCAAGGAGUUGGGCUACGACUUCGAGAUGCCUUCUGUGCGUGACGUCAAGGAGGUGCCCACCAAGGAGACUCGCGAGGCCGAGGGUGCACCUUUGCUUACAAGCGCCGACGUGUCCGCAGUCUUGGACAAGCAAGAAGAGCAACCGGUAGUCAAGGAGACCAAGAAGGCGGCACCUGUGGAGAAGGCAGGCGCCAAACGUGUCAAGAGCAAGGCAGACGGCAAAAAGGGAGCAAAGAAGGCAAAGGUUUCAGCAUAG